CGUGUGCGGAAAUCAGUUCGCUUCCGAAGACCGCGUCGACCGCUCGCUGACCGCUUUCAUUGCGUUUCAUAGCCAAAAGCCGAGAAAUGAGCCCGGGCUCGUCGGCCAACAUCGCCAGCCAGAGCCAUCGCCAGGACCCGGAAAUUUGAAGAAAAGGGCCGAAAUAUGACUGUGAUAAAGUGUUGUUGAAAAAUAACGGUUAUUCAAAGAAUCCGAAUCGUAAUCGGAAUAAUGUCUGUGUGUUUUUGCAAAAUCUCAGUGGUUUCACUAAGUUGUUUCUGAAGUGCUCGUGAAGAAGAUGGACCUGCAGAGCGGAAUUCACCUGAACGGGCCGACUAGGAAAAUCAUAACAGCACCUUCGCUCAAACGUGGAAAGGAUGAGACGCCUCCUGUCAACGAAAGGGUGAAACUUGAGAGAGUUCUUGGCCUAACAGUUUCCAACAAUGCAGGCCUAGACUCUGACCCCAACAGCGAACUCGUCGCAUAUCCAGCAGGAUGCACGGUCGUACUGCUGGAUUUGGUCCGGGGGAGGCAGACGCACAUAAUGAACAAUUCGAAGAAGACCAUCACCUGCGUCGGCUUCUCAUCCGAUGGGAAGUUCCUGGCCACCGGCGAAUGCGGCCACUGCCCAUCCCUCAGGCUCUGGGACCUACAGGAGAACACGAUGGUCGCCGAGCUCUCCGGGCACAAAUACUCCAUCAACUGCCUCGCGUUUUCACCGACUCAAAAAUAUGUUGUGUCAGUUGGAUCUCAACAUGACAUGAUUGUGAAUGUUUGGGAUUGGCGAGCCGGAUUGAAAGUCGCGUCAAACAAAGUGUCUACCAAAGUCAAGGCUAUAUCCUUUGCUGAAAACGGAACUUAUUUUGUAACAGUGGGUAACCGCCAUGUGAAAUUCUGGUACUUGGAAUACCACAGAGGGGCCAAGUACAAAGAACCUGUGCCAUUGAUGGGGAGGUCAGCGAUACUCGGAGAACAGAGGAACAACGAUUUCGUAGAUGUUGCAUGCGGAAGGGGUGAGACGGCAGACUCGACCUACACCAUUACGAGGUCGGGUCUUCUAUGUGAGUUUAACAACAGGCGUCUUCUUGAUAAAUGGGUUGAACUCAGGACAGCCAGUGCUAACUGCAUGACACUAGGUGAGGAUAGAAUAUUCAUUGGCUGCGCUGAUGGAAUAGUUAGGUGUUUCAACCCCCACACCCUUCAGUUUAUAACUACCUUACCUCGUACUCAUUACCUGGGUGUCGAUGUUGCUCAAGGUCUAGAUAUAACACAUAUGGCAACUCAUCCUCAAAAAGCAAAAUAUCCCGAUGCGAUCGCAGUUAGCUACGAUGAAAGAAAUUCAAAACUUACAUGUGUUUAUAACGAUCACAGCCUUUACAUCUGGGAUGUUCGAGAUAUAAAAAGGGUUGGGAAAUCUCAUUCAUACCUUUACCAUUCGGCUUGCAUAUGGGGAGUUGAAAUGUUCCCAGAAGGAAGCCUGCCGCAUGUUCCUCCUGGUUCUUUUGUCACUUGUUCUAGCGAUGAUACAAUUAGAAUUUGGAAUGUCGACUCUCAGCAUAAAACGCAGGCGGGUAGUGCAUAUCAACGAAAUAUUUACAGCAAAGAAUUGAUUAAGGUUUUAUACAUUGAUCCAGAAUUAAACUGUUUAAAAGAUAUGGAAUUGAUAGGAGGGGAAAAGACUGAUAAUCCUGCUGCUUAUGAUGGCAAAAAUGGUGUGCGAUCCUUGAGAAUUAGCCCAGAUGGAAAACACCUCGCAAGUGGUGAUCGGGCUGGGAAUAUACGAGUUCACGAUGUCGCGACAUUAGAGGAGCUGUGCCUUAUCGAAGCUCAUGAUGCUGAAGUACUGACAUUAGAAUACAACCGCCAAGUGGACGGAAAGAAGCUUCUGGCUUCUGCUUCGAGAGAUAGACUAGUCCAUGUUUUCGAUGUAAAUGAAGAUUACAAUUUCUUGCAAACGUUGGAUGAUCAUUCUUCUUCUAUAACGGCCGUCAGAUUCCUUAAUACACAGCCCAACCUCCAAAUGGUUUCAUGCGGUGCUGAUAAAUCUAUUAUAUUUCGCCAGUUGCAGCCUGGACCAGACGGUCAAAUGCAGUUCAACAGAGUUUAUAAUGCUGCUGGUAAGACGACCCUCUAUGACAUGGAAGUUGAUGUUUCGCACAAACACGUGAUUACAGCCUGCCAAGACAGAAACAUUCGUGUCUACAAUGUCUCCAGCGGGAAACACACCAAGACUUUCAAGGGAUCUAUUGGUGAAGAAGGAUCUCUUAUAAAGGUUGCAUUCGAUCAGAGUGGAAUUUAUGUUGCGACUUCAUGCACUGAUAAGACAUUAUGCAUCUAUGACUAUUACAGUGGCGAGUGUAUGGCCACCAUGUCAGGACAUUCCGAGCUAGUCACGGGUUUAAGGUUCAGUCAGGAUUGCUCACGACUCAUCUCUGCCUCAGGUGACGGUUGCGUUUUGAUCUGGACGGUGCCUCAUGACAUGGUGGUGACAAUGCAGGCUCGGCUAUCUCAACAAGCUGCUAGAAACAAGAAACCGGUGAAAAUCAGUAAUGGAAUUCACCUAGAUAAUGAUGAUUUUGCACCGUCUCCUCUGGGAGUUUUUGAUCCCAAUGCAAACUCAACCGACUAUAGUAUUGGCCAGUUGCCCGUCUGGGCCAAGAAGGAAAUCGAAGGUGGUGAAAUCGAGAGCAGGGGUAUUAGAGUUUCUGGUCCUAAGGGUAAAUGGGCCCACAGGAUCGAUCACACAGGAAUCACAAUCAAAUCAAUAUAUGACAGUGAAAUGAUCCCUUUCGCUACCGGAGACAAAAAACUCGAUUCAGAUGGAAGUAAAGAAGACAGCUCUGUCGACAGUGGAGCCGAAACAGGCCGGUCUCUCCUCUCAAACCAUAAAAGAGAAACGACAAUCGUGUCAAAGGUAAGCCGUGAUACGAGUAUCGAUUUUCUCCAUUGCCCAGAAAGCAUACAGGAAAUUUUGGACCACAAUAGUAAACCGCAUGCGAUUGGAGGUAAAAUUACUCUUAUGAGAGGGACUGAAGUAGGUGAUAAUCAUUUUAAUAAACAUCACACAGAUGAUAGCUCUUUAGGAAGCUUUAAAUAUGAGGACAUAGAAAGUACAGAGCAUGAUGGUGAUGUUGAGGAUUACUCAGAAGGAGAAUCGAGUGACAACCGGAGGCCGCUUUACAUCCCUCAGCACGAUGAACCAAACCGGGAGUUCCCUAUCACAAACAUAGACUCAACAGAAUUGAGAAAAUCUAUGAAAAAAUCAAAAAGGCCAGAUCUGCUUAUGGUCACAAGCGAAAUGUCAAGUGCGAGUCGGUCUAUGUCUGGAAGCCAGAGUGAUGACGACGACCAUGCUACUACACCUACCUCUGACCACAACAUGCACUCUAUAAGCACUGAUGCUCUUGAUGUCAUCGCCCAUCGAGAGAAAUUCUUGAAGAAUACUUUUGAAUCAUUAAGUGGUGCAGAAGAUGCCUCAUCCCCAACAACCAAAGGGAAGAGAAGUCUUUCGUCUCAGCAUCAUGGCAGCCAGUCUGGAAGUACUAGAAAUUCGAACGUGAUUCAAGCUGCUAAACACACUAAAAAUGAUAUUGGAGCCGUAAGUAAACGAGAAGAGCUGCAAAGACGCAUCCAAGAAACUAGGCGGCAAUUACAGAGUGUUGGUUAUCGUUCCACUCUUAAAACAAGUCAGAGUAUUCAGGAUUUAAGCAUGCAUGGGAUUUACAACGAUUCACGACCGAAACCCGUCCCGAGGCACCGAACAGUCCAGCAAGUUCAAGAUGACAGCGGAGGUAUCAGGAGGGCGUGCUCAUUGAGCGACCUGGCCAACCCCUCUCCGAGGCAAAGAGGUGCGAAUACAGUACUUGUUAAUAAACCACACAGCCCUGUGAAAAAUCUAUCCUGCUCGACUAGGCACGCGAGUACAAAAAGUUCACUGAUGAUGAGAAGCAGUUCAGUCGGAGUUUUGAACCAGAGCGAUUCAGAAAGUGAUAUCAGCCAAGCGACAGGGCAGCGGAGCCUCGUCUCUCUUAGGAUCAUGCGCCCAACGAUAUCCUCCCAGAACAAAGUGGCCAGCAACAGUACAAGCAAGUCACGGAUGGAAGCGAGGCGCAGAGGUUUGUCUGGAGCAUAUUCAAGCAUCACUUUAAAUCAAGCUGGAAAUACAGAGGAUUCCAGUUCUGAGGAAAACCAAGCUCCGACACCUUCUUCCAAGCCGACGCCACCACCGAGACCCAAGAGUGUGAAUUUAGACCGAUCAAAUGGCCCUAGAAGGUCAGGCUUGGGAAGGAGUGGGUCAGAGCGUGACAUUGCCCGAGCCAGCAGUAAAAUUCAGCGUAGCAGCAGUGCAAUGAUCAGGCCAUCGCUCGACCCCAGCCCAUAUGAAAUCCCUGUUAAAGACACCGAUCGCGUGGAUGUUACCAAAGCUCCCUUAUCCCAAGACCUUGUUGAAACAAUGGCAGAGAGGCUGCAGAAGGCUACAGACAGUGUCCUCGAACUUCACAGACGGCUUCUCGAGCAGACUGUCGAUCAGGCACAGCGCGAAGCCCUUCUUGCUGUUAUUGGCGAGACUCAAAAGAAGCUCGGCCUCGUUACACGAAAUGACUCGUGAUUAAUAUAUGAACAGCACACCCAUUCAGUUUUGUAAAUGUUGAUUUUUUUUUAAAUUGUUUCAAUUGUUUGUUAAUGAAAGUUUACUAGUAACAUCUUCUAAUUUAUUCCAUUAACUGAGAUUUCUUGUACUAAUUUGAAAAAACAAAUCAGUCACUGGAAUUUCUGUAUUAGAAAUUAAAAUUAACUUGUUAAUAUAUUUGUGAUUUACCCACAUCUUUGUAAUUAUUAGUUAUAUAAGGACUUUUUAUCUGUACUUUUUUUGUAUUAUAUAGAAUUGUAUCAAAUUUUAAUUUAGUUAGUUUUAUCUUGUGCCAAAGUUUGCUAUGUAAAAGGCCACAAGUGGUGAGUCAAGAAAAAAAAAA